AUGGGUGCUGCCAAAGACCAAAGACCCUUCAAGGUGGUCAUCGUGGGAGGGGGCUUUGCCGGCCUCUCCCUGGCCAUCAUGCUGGAAAAGUUCGACAUUGAUUAUGUUCUCCUAGAGUCCCGUGGCGAGAUUGCUCCGGCCAUCGGUGCGGGUAUAGCUGUGUGCCCCAAUGGCUGCCGCAUUCUGGACCAAAUCGGAUGCUACGAGCCCAUUAAAGCCUUGGGCCUAGCUCAUUAUCAUACUCACAGGGUCCAGGGUUAUGAUGGGAGACAACAUCUCGUAUGCCGCGAUGGCUACGAGCAUUAUGAGAAAAGAUUUGGAUAUCCGGUGCUCUUUGUGGACCGCCCAUCCCUCGUGCGCCUACUGCACAACAAGAUCCAGAAGAAGGAAAAUAUUCAAUUGAAUAAGCGAGUUUCUGAUAUUAAGCUGAAGAAGGAUGGUGUCCAAGUCCAUUCCAACGACGGCCAGAUCUUUGAGGGAAGUAUUGUUGUUGGAGCAGACGGAAUCUACAGUGCGGUCAGAGAGACCAUGUAUCGCAUCGCCAAGGAGGUCCAGCCCGGAUAUUUUGCUGAAAAUCCUUCCUCCAAAGUACCUUGUUAUUACUUUGCCACCUAUGGUAUCGCCAAGGACGUUCCUAACCUUUCUCUCGAGGAGGUGUAUAUUUCCCAAGGAAAGGGCUUCAGUUACUUCGUCUUCCCAGGACACAAUGGCCAAGUUUUCUACUUGCUUGAUGAGAAAUACAGCAAAACCCCAUAUGGAGAUGAUAUUCAAAGGCGCUUUUCCGCCGAGGAGGAGGCGGCAUUUAUUAAGAAGUACUCUAAUACAAGAAUCGCCGACAAGGUUCGAUUCCAGGAUCUCUACGACCACAGAGUCGUGGGAGGCAUGACACCUCUCCAUCAUACAGUAUACGACAAGUGGUCAUUCAAAAGAAUUAUCACCAUGGGAGACUCGGCUCACAAGCCAAAUCCUGGCACCGGAAUGGGUGCCAAUUUAGCAUUCGAGUCUGCUGCAGAGCUCGUCAAUGGUAUCUUGAACGUACAAAAGGAGCGUCCACAGGGCCUCAAUGGUCUAGAGGACAGCGACGUCAAAAAGAUCAUGGAUUAUGUCGAGUCCUCGAGAAUCAGCCGUGCCAAGAAGGUUGUGGACGAAUCAUACGAGAAUCAGGUUGUUAAUGGCACUGAAAACCCGCUCAAGACCUGGAUUGCACUGCGUGUGUUACCCAAUUUUGUCAAGGAGAGCUUCUUGAUCGACGCGCAAUGCGGGCUUAUGGCUGACGCUCCCUCCCUUCAUUAUCUGCCCAAGCCUCAACGACCCCAUGUGGUACCCUUCAAGGACGAGCUCCCUGCAAAGCCGGUUAGUCAGAUUGCUGCAUGGGCAGGUUGGGCUGCGUUUGGUGGUGCAAUGGGCGCUACCAUAUAUCUCGCAGGCAAGUCAAUGCGGCUCGACGUCUCAGACAGGACCCUUUGGGCCAAUGCAGUUCCCAUCAUCCGGCCUUGGGCUAGUUCCACGGGUGCUGGAAAUCUUCUCAGAGUGAUGACUUCCGUCUUCUCAGACGUCAUCGCAAGUGAGAAUCUUGCUACCAGAGUCCAAGCAAUCCACUUUCUCUCUCAGUUGGUCGGAUCCAUUCUUGUCUGGACAGUAGAGGGAAAUCGCGAGGCAAACAGGACAAAUAUCCUCUCUUUGCCUGCCCUCUUCCUUACUCUGAUUCAGCUGAGGGGGAUUGGCCACAUCGCCCCUUACUGGGCUCUUCUCCAUUCCUCCCUCAGUGACACUGGUGUUCAUUACCGAUUUGUCAAGCCCGACGUUGUCAACUCGCUCGUUCCGGCCCUUACUCUGGGAUAUCUUGUGCCCACCGUACUCAUGAUGAUUCCCUCCAAUGUCGUUGCCUGGCAGGACUGGACAGCUCUUUGGCAAUUCGCUCCGCCUAUGGUGCCCAUUCUUACAACUGUGUUCUCGGCUGGUCUUCGAUGGUGGAGGAACUUGGGCAAGCACAAGACUAAAGAGGAGAAGAAGCAAGAGGCCAAAGAGGAGCGUCUGGCCAUCUACAGUGACGACGACGUAGCCGGCCUCAAGUCAGCCUACUCGUAUGCUACAUUGGUCCAAGCCACCAGCCACAUUGUCACGAUGGCGUACAUCUACACGCAUCCUGACCUUUCUCUUGGCAAGAUCUUCUGUGGUCUGCCUAACCCAUUUGAAAAGAACUGGAAUCUGCCAAACCGCGCAACUGAGGCCGGGCUGUUCUUCAAGUACGACAUGCUCCUUUCUAUGGGCGCUCUUGCGGCCCACGGUCUGUACUCUAUCUGGCAGCUUCGCAGGGAUGGGUAUGUCCGUACUCAAGAUGCAGUCAAGGCUGCCCUUGCAGUGGUGUUUGGUAACAUUGUUAUUGGGCCUGGUGCUACUUUAACUAGCCUCUGGAGCUGGCGAGAGAGUGCUAUCUCUGGCCUUAUUCGCAAAUAA